GGUUGUGUUCGAGAUCUUGUUUUUCAAUGACUUGACAGCAUUUGCCAGGAUGUCUCUCUAUGGCAAGUGGGUCCAGACUCUAGAGAGAAACACCCAAAAUUCGCAACCAGCAAAGGAGAAGGUGCUAGCGCCGGCGCCCGGCCCCCGGCGGCCCUCCUCGCGUGCGCUUCGCCCUUCCAGUUCGCCCCUUCCUCCCGCCUCUCCUGUUGCAGGUUCGCCUGGUGGUCUGUGGUCGCCGGCGCUAGCAAACCAAGUGGGCGGCGCGGCGCGGCAAAUCAGCGUGGGCAAAUUGGAUGCGGCCACGCGGGCAAACCCUUGCACCGUCCUCGUGCUGUCGUGUGGUUGCCGCCUGUGACCGGCGUUGCCCCGGCGGAUAGACGUUGCAUUGUUGCGCGUGGGAUAGGCCACAACGGCCAGCGGGAGUCAGGGCGUCUGGCAACAGCAGUACAGCGGUGCUGAGCAUUGUCCACACAACUGUUAGAGAUCGGACUUUAUUCCUGGAGGCAUUUGUCUGAACUUUUUGGCAAAUGAGUGCUGGUGGUGCUUUUGGUGGAAAUAGGGGGGUGAGGCCUGUACCUCCUGAAAAAGGUGUGUUCCCAUUGGAUCACUUACAUGAGUGUGACUUGGAGAAGAAAGACUAUCUUGCCUGCCUGAAAUCUACAGGGUUCCAAUCUGAAAAAUGUCGGCAGUUCUCAAAGAAGUAUCUGGAAUGUCGAAUGGAGAGAAACCUGAUGGCGAAGCAAGACAUGUCAGAGCUUGGGUUCAGAAAUAUGGACGAAGCGGAUACAUCUCAUGACAUGAACAGGCAACUGGAGAGCCCUCCUAAUGAGCAAAAGGAGAACAAAAUAGCCGUUUGAUUUUGAUGUAGCUUUUGUAUGUUUCUGCAUCCAGGAGAUCUGUAUGAGAACGAAUAAAUAAUGAAAACGGUACUAAUUAGUAACUAAUGCUGAGACUUAAACAUUGGCUA